CUUGUAUUUCCAUAAAAAGCAGCUCCACAUUCAUAUCAGAACCCUUAUAUAUAAACACCCUGAUAAUGUUUUGUUCCCACUGGCUCUACUGUCCUCCUUCCUGGCUUUCUUUUUCAUCGUAGGCUGUUAAAAAAAGAACCUGCCAAUAUGUCUCACGACAAGAAGAUGAGUUCAAGCCGCAGGCACCACCUGAAGAGUUUAAUUUUGUCAGUGGCUGCAACCUGGCUUGAGAAAGAGAAAAAGGAAGUAAUUGAAGCUAAGGAGGCGUACAUGGCUGAGAAAUGUCCUCCACCAAAUCUUAGUGGAGACCAGGCUACCCUCAUGGAAACCUGCAAAAAGUUACAUGCUCUCAUUGACAAAAUUGAUGAGGAGAGAUAUGACUUGGAGGCUAAAGUUGGCAAAGCUGAUAAAGAGAUUGAAGAUCUAAAGAUUAAAGUUGUGGACCUGGCUGGAGUAAAGAAACCUGCCCUGAAGAAAGUGCGUAUGUCUGCCGAUGCUAUGCUAAAGGCUCUGCUGGGCUCCAAACACACGGUUAAUCUAGACCUGAGGGCCAACCUGAAGCAGGUCAAGAAGGAGACCAAGGAGGAGCCCACAGACGCCGUUGGAGACUGGCGUAAGAACAUUGAGGACAAAGCUGACAGAAAGAAGAUGUUUGAAACUUCUUAAAGAACUGAACUCUACUCUCCAGUUGCUCUGGGCGGUUCACACCUUUUUGAAAUGUCCAUCAUUUUGAAUUGAAUCAUCUUUUGUUUAAAAAAAGUGUGUGUCAGCCUGUUUUUGUUAUUGUACAUUUGUUUAAUGCAGAAAUAACAUUAGCUCAGAAGGUAGAGCAGUUGACCUGUUGUAUGGUUGGUCAUUGAAAUCUCCAACUUUUCCAGUCAAAAAAUUUCACUGUCCAAGAUACUGAUCCCAACAAUGUCCUGCUUAAAUAUGUUCUUCAAAUAUCAAUCGCAGAUAAAUGAAUAAAUAGAAAGCAAGGGUUUAGAUUGGUGUAGGUGCCUUUGUUUUACAUUUGUAAACAUCUUUUCACUUAUGCAGCACCAACUGUCUCCCCUCAAUUCUAAUUUUCAUUUUUUUAAACUCACUGCUCCCAGUCCUGUCUAAAUUUAUUCUAAAUCAGAAUCAAAAAUGUUUAAUUAAUCCAAAGUUAAACAUUGUUGUAACUCUCAAUGGCAUUUCUUUAACGGGUUACUGUAGGUUUCAAUGGCUGUAGGCAGGAAGAGUCUACUGUAGUUCACGGUCUAGGAACCUCUGACUGAAGACAAUAUUGUUUUAUUUCCCUGAUGUUCUUUAAUAAAUAAUAAAUUAUCCCUCGUAAAA